GCGAUAAAUGAACAAAAACAAUUGUUAAUUGUUGACUUCUUAUAUUUAUAUAUUGCAUUUCUGUAUAUACAAAUCCAUGUAAGUUUUCACAUCAAAUCAUAUUUGCCGUUAGGACUAUUUCAGUCAUAACAUUUUUAUAAAUAUUAUUAUUGAGAAACUCUUAUUUUGUGUGAAAGUGAUCCUUAAAAGUUAAAGAUGAAUAAUACGACUGAAUCUUCACGGAAUGUGUUAUCAGAACAACACUUUUGUUCUUUAAAUUCCAAGCAACGGUAUUUGAAGAUAACAGCACUUGCCAUAGUGACUUUGACGACAUAUUUUGGAAAUUCACUGAUUCUUUAUACACUUCAAAAAUAUUCAUCCAAUUUCAAAGGAACUUUAUACAUGAUCAUUUCGAAUUUGGCUGUCGCGGACCUUCUCCUUGCUUUUGGAUUAACAUUUCAGUUGGCAGAAUAUGUAUUUCCUAAUUUAGAAAGUGACAAGUAUUUCUGUGUGAUCAAGACAUGUUGCAUCGCCGUGUCUAUCACAUGUUCUAGUGAUAUGCUCUCGUAUAUGUCCAUCGACAGAUUUUGUGCUAUUAUGUUCCCGAUGAGACAUUUUUUGAAUGCACACAAAAAGAAAAGUAAGAGAUGUAUACUUGCUGUAACCUGGCUUGUUUCGUUACUUAUCGGGGUUAUACCAAUUAUCGUGUCAGCUGUUAAUAUUUCAGAUGAUUCUCCGCGUGGAUUUUCUUGUAAAUAUGGAUAUAUGAUACCAUAUAAGGCAUCGAUGUUUGCUGCUAUUUUCCUUCCUAUAGAAUUUGGUUUCAAUGUGUGUUUAUGUCUGAUAGUAAUGUGGAGAGUUUUGACGAAUAAUGCGGCAAGAAAUAACUACAGAAAAAGCAUGAUAAAAUGUCUUCUGACUCUACAGAUAUAUAUUUUAUUUGCUGUAUGCUGGAGCCCUUAUGUUGUCACAACUGUCCUUAUGGAAAUGAAUAAAGAAGGUAUUAAUGACUACUUUUGUUUUCGGGAAUUUGCCGUUCUUGUUGGAUUCAUGAAUUCAGGAAUGAACUGGAUCUUAUACAGUUUGGCUAACAGAAAAUUUAGAAAGAGCUUUAAAAAUGUACUUUCAUGCACAUCUGUUAAGAAUAACGACAACACUAUGUUUAGAUUAUAAGUGAAGAAAUUACAAGAAUUCGUGGCAAAUGGCAUGUAUUUUCCUAGGUUAAAUGUAAUAUCACACAAAAAAAUCUGAAAAUAUUUUCAAUAUUCUUCGUCUUUUUACUGAAUGUUUUCCAAUGUAUUAAUUUUUCCGUUUUAAUAAUGUUUAUUUAAUUUGGAUAUCUCUAACUGUAUAAGUAUUGCCUUGUACUAACAGAGAAACCAAGUCAGUUUUUUAUAAGUUUUAAAUUAUGACAGAAAACAGUGAGUAAAAUAUGUAAUUAUUUGUAAAUAUAAGACUUAUUUUCUAUAAUUGUUUUGAGAGGUUAAAGCGAGUGAAAUAGUUUUUCGUCUUGAGGGGUUAUAACGAGUGAAAUAUGUAAUUACGAGUAUUUCGUUAAUAUUAGACUUGUUGUCAAGGUAAAUUGGGUAUCUAAAGUAAAAUUUUUGUUAGAAAAUAAUGGAUUUUUAUAUGUAUGGAACAAUCCUGAUAUUAUUAAUAUUAAAAUGUUUUCUUUGUUAUUCAAACAAAGACUAACGGACCAAUUUGUUCAGGCAUGGACUGCCACAUUGUCUGUUAGUCCAAGUUUAUGUACUUAUAAAUUAUUUAAAAACUCUUUUAAAUUUGAAUAUUAUUUAGAUAACAUUCCGCUUAAACUUCGUAUUCCAUUGACUAAGUUAAGGCUAUCUUCUCACCAACUACGAAUCGAAACAGGUCGCUAUGGUAAUAAUAGAACUGAACGUAACCAAAGACAUUGUACGAUUUGUAACAGUGGUGACCUAGAAGAUGAAUAUCAUUUUAUUUGUAUCUGUUCAGCAUAUAAUCAGAUUCGAAAACGUUAUAUUAACAAAUUUUAUUUCUACAGACCAAGUGUUGUUAAAUUUAUAGAACUUAUGCAAUCUGUAAACUAUUCUGUAGUAAUUAAACUAUGUAAAUUUAUACGAGAAGCAUUUAUAAUAAGACAAAACAUUGUAAACAACUAUACUUAGAAGUAAUUAAGGCUACUUUCUGUAAUCAUUUACAUGUGUAUCAAUUUCAUAUAAUAAUUUCUACGUUAUUUGGUAUUGUACAAUAAAUAUCUGAUACUGUGGUGUAAAUGUAUUGUAAAAAUGACUGUGUUAAAUAAUUAUCAUAUGUUCAUGCGCUCAUGUAUUGUUGUAAUUGUACAUAGUUCAUCCUCUUGUAUAUGCUCAUCAUGCUUACUUGUUUUCAGUGAGUUAAAAUCAUUUAUGUCUGUUUUUUGUAUUUGUCAUGUGAAAUAUGUAUAUAUGUAAAUUGUAUUAUGUAACAAGAAACAUAACUUGUUUACG